CGGAGAAAACCCUCGUCGAAAACUACUACACAUCUCAGUUACAGCUAGUGCUGCUGCCGUCUGGAUCAAGUACUGGACCCCCUUCUGUGGGAGAUACAGUGCCAUUCUGCCUGGCUGAUGUUCGCGCACUAGCCUAUUAAUCUCCAAGCGAAGCGCCUGGGUAUUUUUCCUUGUCUUUCACACGUUCCGUUCUCGCAAUUCAAAGAAAGAUUUGGCGUCCACUGAUCAUGCUGGAGAACGGCGGAAAGGUGCUCAAGGAGGGACUGUUGGAGAAGCGGAGCGACGGCUUGCUGCAGCUGUGGAAGAAGAAACGAUGCGUGCUCACCGAGGACGGACUGCUGCUGCACCCGCCUAAGCAGCACGACCACCCGCACCACUAUCACCACGCGCACGACCAUCCGCAUCACCACCACUUCGGCAAAGUCAAGGAGCUGCACUUCGCCAACAUGAAAACGGUGGACUGCGUGGAGCGCAAGGGGAAAUACGUCUACUUCACCGUGGUCAUGGCCGAGGGCAAGGAGAUAGAUUUCAGGUGUCCACAGGACGAGGGCUGGAACGCGGAGAUUACGCUGCAGAUGGUGCAGUACAAAAACCGGCAGGCGAUCUUGGCGGUCAAGUCCUCGCGACAGAAACAGCAGCUGCUCGUGGCUCAGAUACCGGGAGGACAGAAGAUGAUUAGAAACUCGCCUAACGUUGCCUGAACACCCCCCGCGACAUAAUCGACAUUGACAUUUGCGGUUAUUCGCGGGGCGAAUCGAGGGAGCUGUCGGCCCCGUUGGUCCGGCCACCUGGCCUGGCAAGAUCGGCUUCCAAUCCAGGGUCGGCUCACCAGCAGCCACGGAGCUCCGUGCGGAGGAAGGAAGGAGGAGGGAGGACGGAGAAAAAGAAACACCUCCUCUGUUCGCAGCUCCUGUUCACCUCAACCUCUCGGGCACUUGGUUCAUUAUUUACGGAUUGUUCAGAGGAGGAAAAAGAAAAGCAGAUACGAGAUGAAAAAAAAAUGGAGAACAGAUGUCUUCUUGUCACGAGCGGACAUUAACUUACAGACUUAAAGAAGUUGCCUGCAGAAUCGUUUUUGUUAUUUAUUAUGUGUAUAUAUUUUUAUAUUUGACCUUACAAAUUUAACAUGUUUGGGAGUGGUGAGGAAUUGUGUAGGCUAUGUGAGAGUCCAGAUAAGCACCUCUCAAGCAAUUACGCAGCUAAGAGACUGUUCCCCCAUACGCCAUUUCUGUGGGAAUAAGAAGACAAAAGAAUUCAUCAAGUACAAUAGCAUGUAAUGCCUCAACAUAGUAAGAAGAUUUUGUCAUCUUUUUAAUUAAACCAAAGACUUUCAUUGUAUGGUUUUGACAAUAGAGUAGCCUACCAACUGUGGGGGGAAAACAAGAAUGUGAAAAGAAUCAUUCAAAUUAGUCAGCAAAUCUGUUAUGAAACUAGUAGAUCAUUUUUUUAAUCAAACCAUGUGUCACUGAGAUGAUUUUUUAUGUCAGCACAUGUCUGUCUGGUUGAGGACACGCCAUCAGUUCUGCAGAAUAUUCUUUGUCAAUGGCUACCACUAGCCUACUAAGAACCCUGUUUACCUCAUACACAAUUGUGGGGUUAUCUGGGCCUAUUCUGCAACAAUGCAUACUGCACCUCCACUGGACCUGGGAUAGGAAAGGACGAGGUGUGUAUGUGUGUGUGCG